AUGUCGGCGAUUCAGGUGUUUGUGAAGCACCAAGGCAAGAAGCAUGAGGUGGAGCUGGACCCUACAUCGACAGGAGAGACCUUUAAAUACCAGCUAUACUCCCUGACAGGUGUUGAACCAGACCGUCAAAAAAUCCUCAUCAAAGGUGGCCAGCUCAGAGAUGAAACCGAGCUCUCGAAGCUUGGGGCGAAGCCCGGGCAAACCUUCAUGAUGAUGGGCACUCCAGCGGAGAGUGGACGCGUGGCCCUUGAGCGACCAAAAGAGAAGAUGAAGUUUAUGGAAGACAUGACAGAAGCAGAAGCGGCAAGUGCUGAAGGGGCAACGCCCGCUGGCCUGCAAAAUCUGGGUAACACGUGCUACAUGAACUCGACGCUACAGACUCUACGCGCCGUGCCGGAACUCCAAGAACAGCUUUCGAAGUAUACAGGAGCAAGCUCGUCUCGGGGGGUAGAUCUUAGUCAAUACGGCCUACAGGGAUCAGUCGACCUCACCAGCUCUCUUCGAGACCUAUACAAGCAAAUGUCCGAGACACAAGAAGGCUUCCCACCAUUGAUCUUCCUCAACGCUCUACAGACAACUUUCCCCCAGUUUGCAGAGAAGUCAAGGACCGGCCAUGGCUAUGCACAACAAGAUGCCGAAGAAGCAUGGACACAGAUCCUAUCCCAACUACGGCAAAAGCUCAAGAUCAAAGCUCCUCCAGUCCCGUCGACCUCAUCGUCUUCUGCCGAAGAAACAAAAAACGCACGAGAGAUUUCCUUCAUCGACAAGUACCUUGCCGGCCGCUUCUCCUCGACUCUCACUUGUGACGAGCCAGCAGCAAUCGAAGCAGGCGAGGAGCCUAUUCUGAGCGAAGAUGCUUUCCUGAAAUUAGACUGCCAUAUCCUCAAUGCCACUAAUCACCUUCGCGACGGCAUUCUCAAAGGUCUUGAAGAGAAGAUCGAAAAGCACUCUCCAAUUCUUGACCGCGAUGCCCUCUACACCAAAACCUCCCUAAUCUCGCGUCUCCCUAAAUACCUCACAGUUCAUUUCAUCCGCUUUUGGUGGAAGGCUACUAUUCGUAAGAAGUCGAAGAUCAUGAAGAAGGUGACCUUCCCAGCGGAGUUGGACGUGGUAGAGUUCUGCACCGAGACGCUGAGAAAUCAGCUGGUGCCCGUGCGUGACAAAGUCCGUGAAGUGCGCAAGGAUGAAGAGGAUGUUGUGCGGGCCCGCAAACGCCAAAAGUUGGCGCAUAAGCAAGAACAAGACCGUGCUGCGGACGAGCUGAAGGCGAAGGGUCCGGCGGACGAGAAGAAGCUGGUCAAUGACAAGGCAGCCGAGAAGGAGGGCGAUGACAAGGAGAUGACAGACGCUGUGUACAAGACAGACGCCGAGUACGACUCCGAGCGAGCUGCAUCGAUAUUAGCAGCUAAGAAAGAGCUUUUCGGUCUCAUCAACCCAGAGCUCGCGGCCGAUGAAGGAUCUAAUAAGUCUGGACUAUAUGAGCUCAGGGGUGUGGUGACUCAUCAGGGGGCCAGUGCAGAUAGCGGACACUACACUUCGUAUGUCAAGAAGCAAGGACCGAUAGAUCAUGAGACUGGCAAGAGGAAGGAGGAGGAUGGCAAGUGGUGGUGGUUCAACGAUGAGAAAGUAAGCGAGGUCGGGACGGAGAAGAUUGAGUCAUUAAGUGGUGGUGGCGAGAGUCACUCUGCUUUGAUCCUCCUCUAUCGUGCUAUCGACUUGCCAACAGCUGAAGAAGUCAAGGAGUAG